AUGAUAUCCCACAGGAGCGCCACGCCACACCGGAGCCCAGUUCUAUGUGACAGCGAGCUAAGCUUUUCUAAAAGGUUGAGUUGUGGAGCUUUUAGUGGAGCUAUCCGAGCGGUCAGCAGCAGGGAACUUCGAGUUUCACGCACACAGAUGGAGGCUGUGCUGAUUUUAAAAUCAGCUUCUCCACUCAAACUUUCACCUGAAGACUCUUCUCCUCUUUUGCCACUGGAUGCAAAGGAAGACUCAGACACCCGGUCACCUUCUGUGGGUCCAGCCAUGCAUGUUACAGCUGCACCACCACCUCCACCUCCUCCUCCUCCUCCUCCUCCUCCUCCUCCUCCUCCUCCUGCCUCGUCUCCUUUCGGCUCUCGGGAUGUCCAGAGACGUUCCAUGAAGAAGCUGAACUGGGACACCAUUCCCAGUCAGCAUGUGGUUGGAAAGCUGAAUGUGUGGACUUCCCAGCGGCCGCAGAGGGACCUGGUCCUGGACAUUCGCUCCAUGGAGGAGCUGUUCAGUCACGUUGAUAAACGGACGUCGUCGCUGCGCAGAUCGAGGAACACCAGUCUGAAGAAUUGCGAAAACGUGGACCUCCUUUCACAGGAGCCCCGGGUCACGAUUCUGGACUCCAAGAGGAGCAUGAACAUUGCAAUCUUCCUGAAACAUUUUAAGAGGCCAGUGAAGGAAGUAGUGGAGGAUAUUUGUCAAGGGAACUGGCUCAGAUUUGGAUCAGGCAAACUGAAAGAGCUUUGUAAACUGCUGCCAGAGGAAAGUGAGGUGAAGCAGCUGCUGGCGUUCAGAGGGAAGCUCGCCGCGCUGCCCGAGGCUGACCAGUUCAUGGUCCAGCUGGUCAAAGUGUCAGGCUAUGAGGAACGCCUGAAAACGAUGGUCCUGAGGGAGGAAUUUUUUCCUCUCAUGGAAGAAGUGAAGAACUCCGUUGGUGUCAUGACAAAAGCAGCAAAUGAGCUGUUGGACUGUGAUGACCUCCACUCAGUCAUUCGGCUGGUAUUAAAAGCUGGGAAUUACAUGAAUGCUGGGGGAUACAGUGCCAACGCCAUUGGCUUCAGAAUGACUUCCCUGCUUAAGCUGGCAGACACCAAGGCCAACAAGCCCGGCAUGAACCUCAUGCACUACGUAGCCAAGCAAGCAGAAGACAUCGAUGCCGAGCUGCUGACUUUUCCCAAGCAGCUCGAGCACAUUGGAAUGGCAUCAAGAAUUUGUAAAGACGAGGUAAUCAUAGACUUUGAGGGGGCCAUCAGAAAGAUUAAAGAGGUGAAACUGUUCUGCUACACACAGCCUGGACUCCUACAGCAAAUAGAUACGUUCCUCAUGAGGGCCGAAGCAAGGCUGGCAGACAUGGAGCAGUCUCUGCAGGAGCUCAGUGCUGUGAUCCACGCUGUUGCCGAGUACUUCUGUGAGGACCCGGCAACCUUUAAACUGGAGGAGUGCUGCUCUAUCUUUCAUUCAUUUUGCAAGCGCUUUGACACAGCCGUCCAGGAAAACCGAGAGCGAGAGGCAGCCGAACAGAGACACAAGCGGACAGAGAGCAUGCGUGUGGCAGCCAAACGCCGCUCCACCGUCUCCUGCACAGGACUCCAGCCCACUGAGGAUUCCUCAGGUUUGGAGUCGGCGCUGACCAGCCUUCUGUCCUCCGUCCCAGGCGGUUUGGUCAGAUGCAGGAAGAGCACUCUUCCCCCGGAACCAUCGCUCUCCAAACGCAGGUCUCAGACCGCCGAAAAAGCCGAGGCCCCGUGUCCCGCCGGCAAGGAGAGCGCAGAGAAAAACCAGCCCGAACUCCAGAGCGGGGACGAGCAACGGGCCAACCCGGAGAACAAGGAAGCGGAGAGGAUGCGGGAGGUAACCCGGAAGGUGCUGGACUACCAGCAGGGCAAAGGCGGCCAGGACCAGGACGGAGAUUCCAACGGAGAGCCAGAGAAACAAGCCACCCCGAGCACACCCCGGCCCAGAACCAGAGACUUUUUCUUCGCCAGCAACGGAGACGUGGGUUCUCCGUGGACCAUUCUGAGCCCGGUCACCUCCGCCCAGAGAAACAACCCGCUGCGAAACAGACACGCCCGCAAACACAGAACUUCGUCACAGUCCACGGGGAGAGAGCUCACUGACGGAGUGUGGGACGGCGAUGAUGGCGGCAGACGGGACGGUCUCACGUCCCCCUCCGGGGGCUCCGCGUCUCUGCCCGAGUGCCUCCGCCUCAACGUCCUGUCCCAGGGCCCGGUGGUCAGGUCCGCCUCGGUGGACGAAACGUUUCGAUCCCCCGUCGGCGGUUUCCGAUUCGGAGACUUGUUCAACAGGAACGCAUCGCAGAGAUCUUACUCCUCCGGCUCAAGGACACCCAACGCCAGAGAGGAUUUGAGCGGCAGCACAGCGGGGGGGCGCAUAGAGCGGCAGGUCAGCGCGUCCGGAUUCAUAUCCUUCUUCAGACGCAUCGGAGGCCGAAAUAAGGCCGGUGACUGGGAGGAGCAAAGCUUCAAAGGAUCUAAUACCUAACCAAC